UGGAAAAAAAAUAGAUUCUACUGUUAUGAAACAUUCGUGUGCAUCGUCGGAAGGCGUCGUCAACAUCCUAGACCCAUCUGAAGGUGUAGUGCCUUGUGUGAAUUAUGCUGACAUUGUGCCUUAGGCCACGGAGACAUGGAAAGCAAGGAGAGCACCCAGAGAGACUUGGCACACAAAUCUUUGGAUGUUCCCCUUCCUUCCCCCAUCUACAAGUUAAUGCAAAAACCUCACAGAAUACUUGGCUUUGCCCUUUGCUACACCCUGACGUGUUUCAUAUUUCUCAGCCUGUACUACGAUGGCACCUCCAGGGUAGCCACAUCAAACCAGGUCAAAGCACUCCUAACCAACAACAUAACCGUUCACUCGCCCGGGCCACCCAAAGAAGCCCAUCGAAAUGUCUCGCGAGAGAUCCUCCAGCUGCAGGACACGGCGGAGCAGCUGCAGCGGCAGAUCGAGCGUCAGACCGCAGAGCGCCCUCGCCCCAAGAAGUUUGACUGGCGAGAGGUGGUCAAGAGGGAUAUCUUCAAGGAGAAGAAGAAGCUGUUGUCUUCGAAUGACUACAGGCAUUUUGCGAACAAUAAGAGUCUCUCAUACCACUGUAAACGAUGUGCAAUAGUUUCCAGCUCCGGGCAGCUCCUCGGGAGAGGGGCGGGCCGCGAAAUUGAUAGCAACGAGUGCGUGAUACGCAUGAACGAUGCGCCCACCAAGGGCUUUGAACAGGACGUAGGAACAAAGACUUCAGUCCGUGUUAUAGGACACAGGAACCUGGGGCACAUGUUUGCCAACCAGGAUGAACUCCACGAUAAGAUGUUUUCUAAUCAUUCGACGGAGAAGGUCUUCGUCCACUGGUCUUACUUGACGGACAUUGACGCCGACAAGGUGGAGGAGUACGCCCUCGUUUUGAAACUCAUGGAGAAAUACCCCAAAGUGGACUUUGUGAUGUUCACGCCGCAAAAAAUGAAAUUUGCCGAAAAGCUCUUCCAUCAUGAAACAGAAUUAACAAGGAGACAAGCAAGAACGUGGUUGUCGACAGGGUGGUAUACAAUGUUGCUUGCCAUGGAUGUUUGCGAUGAAAUCAAUGUCUAUGGUAUGGUCAGUGAGGAUUAUUGCAAGGAGCAUCCGAAUGAAAAGGUGCCUUAUCACUACUACGAUCCUUCCUCAAAGGCUGAGUGUGCAUACUACCAUACAAGCGAGGUCAGGCUAUCCAGCGGUCAUCUAUUCAUCACAGAGAAAGCGGUCUUUGCCCGCUGGUCAAGCAUCUACAACAUCCGCUUCCAUUACCCCAAUUGGACUCCGAGACCGUACAGCGUCAGUGACGCGCUUAGAACUCCUUUCCUCUUGCGCUACCAUAUAGCAAACAAUCGACUCUUUGCAAAGUUUCCAUACUGGAAGCUGUAUUUUCAUUUUGCAGGAAUAUUCUACCCCCUGGUACAUUGAUGUCAGGGGGCCGUUGUAGAUAGCGUAUGUUUGGUCAUUGUUGUUGUCGUCUUCUUGUCGCUGAUAUCGUGCGUUAUUUUCGUGCCAUAUGGAAUGUUUAGUCACUUGGAAUGUGAAGUCGCUUGUAACAUGAUACUAACAGGGGUCGGUUUGCAUAUCCAUGGAUUCGGGUCUAUGUGAAUUGGCGUUAAAUUGAUGGAAAGAUAAGGAGAAAAGAGGAGGGAAGAAGAAUUUUUUUCUGAAAACAAAAGGAUAAUGACAUAAUACAUCAUGGAAUCAGCACUAUCAACAUGUUCAUCAUUUGUCAUCAAGAAAGAAAGGUAUUCUUAUACUUCAAAAGCUGCAGCGAUGGAUUCAUAAAACAAGGAUUAUUAUGUGAUUGGACACUCCUGCGUCACAUGAUCUGUUUGCUGCUCUUUGAUUGGUGUAAUACAGGUAUCUCAAUGAAAACGCCCACAUGGAGAUCUUGCCAAGGCCCGUUCAAGAAACGUUGAAUAAAUUACUUAAUUAUAGGUCACAUACUCUUUAAUGACAUUGGAUAUGGCAAUAGUUUAUUGAAAUAGGUGAGGUAAUAAAAGGUGGUAGGUUGUGAAUGGGCUGUUUUAUAUUAUCUGAAAGCUUUUUAUUCGAUUGAUAAAUCAAACAACAGUAUGAAAGAUGAUGGAAAUUGUAUUAUUAAAGCAUACUGUAACAAUACUAAUCUUACUUAGCAAACGAUCAAAGCUCAGUUUUUUACAACUGAUUUUAUUGAUCAUAUGCGAUCAGUUGUACAAAUCAAUUAAAUGUCAAUCUCAAUUUUUUUCUAAUGGAGGCGAGGAUGGGGGGGGGGGGCGCUUAUGACUCAGAGAUGCCCUUUUAUCACCUGAAAAAGGUUACAUUUUUUUUCAGCAUCAGGCAUUCAAUCUAACUUCGUUGUUAAGGGUAUCAGGAAAAUUUAAUAAUUAAAUAUGAAUAAUAAAAACAAACUAUUAGGAACUAUUAAUAGUUCCUAAAUAGUGGAAAUGGUAAAGGUAUGAGGUAUUUUAAUACAAAAACCUUAUCCACUAUUCCUAAAAAUUAAAUAUAACAUUAGAAACACAUUUGGUUUUUUUUGUGUUCCACUAUCAUUAUAUGUUUGAAAUGUAAUGAAGUUGAAAUGAAUUAUUGUUCAAUCAGAAAAGUCAAAUUAUGAUAAAGAUGACAGAAGUUAUAAAAGCGAAUGGAAUGUGAUGCUUGGCAUCGUAUUUCUUUAUUAUGCCUGCGCGUGAUUGAGGAUUUUUCCUCUUCUUUUUUUUUUAUAAAGACAAUGAAGGCAUCUUAUUGAUGCCUGAGUCAGUUAAUUCUUUUCCAAAGAAACUUUGCAUUAACUUAUUGCCAUUGAGGUGUGACUAAUUAGUCUAGUCAUUCUAAUUAGUCGUUCUAAUUCAGUGUUGUACAUUUCAAAUGCUGAUAACGAGAGUAGGUAAUCUGUGUCUGUGAUUGAUUUCUCAUUGAAAUCCACACGAGGAGUGAGGUUGAGUCAUCGGGUGCGUUUGCACUCAAAUUCUUUUUGUAGAAUAGACGUUUUAAAACAUGAUUGUAUCUUUCGUUGUUUUCAUGGAUGCUUGGACAGAACAGUGGGGGAGAAUAAAGCAGCAUUACUGAUGUUUUCACUUUUAAAUAUUGAUCAUCGAAUUCAUCAAAUUCAUGUCACUUUUGAUACCAACUAAUUCUUAAUUUUGUGUGGAGAUAUAUUUAUGCACUCAUCACCUUAUUCAUCUUCGAUUUGAGUUUGAUUUAUUUCGCCACAAAACAAAACUCCUACAUGUAGCUGCAUGUAAUUAUCAAAUUUUUCUUGGCAGUUUGUCUCAUCUUUAAUUCCAUGGCUUAUUUGAGGUCUGUGGGACCUUGAUAUAACUAAUGUGACAGAGGAACUCAUGGCUGACUUAGUCUUGCACAAAAUAUUGUGAGGUCAUUUCUUAUCUGUUUUACUGGUUAUCUUGGCAUGAACAUGAAUCCCACUGGCUUACUGUAGGUGUGUGAUAAUGUAAACAGUACAGUAUUAAAGGCUUUAAAGAUUGAUAAAAAGUGAGAUACAUGUAUGUGAGUAUACAUGAUGACUGCUAUAAAAGGGAAAUAUGAAAAGUAGUCUUAGGGUGUGUUCAAUGGCGAUUUUGAAAUUAAAACAGCAACAUGAAUUGUGAUUGAAAACGCAAUUACAAAACGCGGAUAUAAGGAGAAACAAAGGUGUGUUCAAUGUCUUUCAUAUCGUGAUUCAAAGGAAAAUUCAAAUGCCGAAAAAGAUACGUUUGGAAACGCGGGGAGCUCUUAUUUUACCGUGAAUGUGGCAUUGAACAUGAUUGAGUUUUGAAAUGUCUUUAAAUUUGCUCUCGCGGUGGGAGCCUACACAAACACACACCAGAAUUGACCUAUCUUGUGAUGGGUUAAACAGUACAGCUUACUGCGCUAACGAGAGUGUGCGAAAGUUAAAGGCGAUCGACGUAUAACCAGCUUUAUAAUUUUUGACACUCAAUGGUGCACCCCAAAUCUUGUUUGUGUUCUAUGUUUUGUAAUUACUUUUUCAAAAAAUGAAUUUGGAAAUGGACAUAUUGAACACACCCGGAUAUUUGAAGGAUCCUUUGGUAAUCUGUAGUUCAAUGGAAAAUCAUUUAUACUCUAAGGUGACCGAAAAGUCUUCUGAGACAGGUUGUUCUUACAUACAUGUAGUUGGUUGCUAGUUGAAACUGUACUAUACAGGGUACUAACAAACCAUAGAACUAAUAGCAGAUAAAUAUACAUAUAGGUUGGUGUAUCAGUGUACAGUUGAGGCCAGAAUUUUACAUACACCCUGGAAAUUCAAAGAAAAGUUGACACUUGCCAAACAUCAUCAAAUUUACUUAUCUUAUAAAAAAUUUGUGCUAUAAUGACAAAUUUGAUAUCAAACAAAUGAGUAUGUCGUGCCCCUUCAUCACAUUGCUUUGUCAUCAGGAGCUGAAAAAUAUUUCAGUGUCAUUUUUUCCACAAAAAUCUUCAUAUUUUAGACAAAUUAAAAAUAAAAACUUGACAAAAACAUUUCAUGUUUGUGGUAGUUACUUCUUAACAUAAACAUUUCAGAUUACACUUUUUUGUUCAAUGGUGACAUAUCAUGAUAGAAAAUGUAAUAUAAACCACAGAUUUGACAUUUAUAAAUUUCUAUGAAACGAUGUUUGAAAAUAUAAUAACAAACAAUAGAAUACAUUUGGAACGAAUAUUACCCUUUUUCUUCAAAGAAAAGUCAACCUGAAAUAUACUUCAUACGGCAUCCCAAUUAUGUGAAAGAGCUUAGUAGUAAUACGCUCUUUCAUUUGAUAUCAAAUUCGUCAUGGUAGUAUUUAUAUUUCUGAAGAUAUAGUAAAUUUUAUGAUGUUUGGCAAGUGAACAAAUUUCACUGAAUUCCAUGGGUGCAUGUAAACUUUUGGCCUUAACUGUACAUUGUACAUCAGGGUUGCCCUGUCCACUGGUGCCCCUUUCAAGGGAUGCAAAAAAACAAAUGCUGCGAGGGGGCCAGAUUUCACCAAUUGCCCUUCGGGUUUAUGUACAUGUACAUGUAGAUGCGCCAUUUGCUAUUCAUCAAAGAACUGUCUUCCUGAUUCAAAACAAUUCUCUAAAGCUGGAAAAGGUGUUGUUUUUAAUAAAUAUUUGCGUUCUUACACAUUAAAACAGGGCUGACAACAGCUGAUAAAUUGUGGAAUUUUUGUUGAAAUAUUGAUUAUUUUUCACAUUUAUUAUUUAUCUUCUAAUAUUUGACAUGUGUUGUAUUCAUUCAUUGCCAGACUAUCAGUAUGCUGUCAUUAGACAUGAUAUUGAUUUUGCAAAACUUUUCGUUGUACCAGCUUUAAAAAAAAUUUGGAUGCCAUCUUUGUUUACCUACAGUCGUACAUGUAAACAAAAAUAUUUAUUUACAGUCUUUAAAAAAAAAAAUUAUUAAACAUGACCAAUAUUUUACAAGCGAGGUUUUAUAUCAUUGUUGAAUUCAAUACUUUGCAUUUUUUAUUUUAAUGAAAGUUAAUCAAGCUGUUUUAUCCUAAAAUUGAGAAGAUCAUACAUGUAAUUUUUGAUAGACAUCUUGUGACAAUUUUAACUUGUGUCAUUGUCUUAUGGAGCCAGGCAUUAUAUAUAAGUUUGCAUUUAGAUAUACAUGUGAUGUAGAAGUCUGUUAAAACAUGUUUUUCUCCUUCAGAGUUCAAACUUUAGAGUUCUACACCAGUAUGUACCAUACAAAGUAAU